AUGAGGGAAGUAAAAGAAAUGAUCACUCUAAGGAGUGGUAAGGAGGUUGAUCUGCCAACAACCAAGCCAGAGCAAGAAACAGAGAAGGAAUUAGAGGAUGAGAAGAGGGAGGAAAAAAACCACAUGUCUCCACCUUUUCCCCAAGCUUUACAUGGGAAAAAGGGAAUCAACAACGCAUCAGAAAUUCUUGAAGUGUUGAGGCAAGUGAAAGUUCAUAUCCCAUUGCUAGAUAUGAUUAAACAAGUUCCAACUUAUGAAAAAUUAUUGAAGGACUUAUGCACUAUAAAAAGAGGGUUGAAUGUGAGCAAGAAAGCCUUCUUGAUUGAGCAAGUGAGUUCCAUUAUACAGUGCAAGUCCCCAAAAAAAUACAAAGAUCCGGGCUACCCUACCAUCUCGGUGACGAUUGGAAGGGUGCCAGUGGAAAGAGCUUUGUUGGACUUGGGAGCAAGUGUAAACCUACUACCAUACUCUGUCUAUGAGCAAUUGGGAUUGGGAGAAUUGCCAAGUGAGUGGGAAGCUCAAGACAAGAAGCAGUUCUUUGCAAAAAUUCAUGCUUAUUAUUGGGAAGAGCCAUUCUUAUUCAAAUAUUGUGCAGACCAAAUAAUUUGGAAGUGUGUCCCUGAAACAGAGAGUUGUGAAAGAUGCCAAAAACUUGGGAAGCUGACAAAAAGAAACAUGAUGCCUUUGAACCUCAUUUUAAUCGUUGAUCUUUUCGAUGUCUGGGGCAUUGACUUCAUGGGACCUUUUCCUAUAUCCUUUGGCUACUCCUACAUCUUGGUGGGGGUGGAUUAUGUCUCUAAAUGGGUCGAAGCAAUACCGUGCAAAUACAAUGAUCAUAGAAUUGUUCUCAAAUUUCUGAAGGAGAACAUUUUCUUGAGAUUCGGGGUACCCAAAGCCAUUAUCAGUGAUGAGGGUGCUCAUUUUUGUAACAAACCAUUUGAAACUCUCUUAGCCAAGUAUGGAGUAAAGCAUAAGGUAGCUACACCUUACCACCCUCAGACUCUUGGCCAAGUUGAGUUAGCAAACAGGGAGAUCAAGAACAUACUGAUGAAGGUGGUCAAUGCAAGCAGAAAAGAUUGGUCUAUUAAACUCCAUGAUUCAUUGUGGGCUUACAGAACAGCUUAUAGGACCAUUCUUGGAAUGUCGCCUUACCGCCUUGUUUAUGGCAAAGCUUGUCAUCUCCCCGUGGAAGUAGAAUACAAAGCUUGGUGGAAAAUCAAGAAGCUUAGCAUGGACUUGAACAAAGCCGGCAUGAAAAGGUUCUUAGACCUUAAUGAGAUGGAGGAAUUGAGAAAUGACGCCUACAAUAAUUCAAAUAUUGCAAAGCAGAGAUUGAAGAGGUGGCGUGAUCAGUUAAUCUCCCGCAAACUUUUCCAAAAAGGACAAAGAGUCUUGCUGUAUGACUCCAGGCUCCACAUCUUUCCGAGAAAGCAGAAAUCAAGGUGGAUAGGUCUGUUUAUUAUUCACCAAGUAUAUUCAAAUGGAGUAGUGGAACUACUCAAUCCUAACGGCAUCGAGAGCUUUAAAGUCAAUGGCCAACAUCUCAAGUCCUUCAUGGAGCAAUUUUCUCGAUAUAAGGAGGAAAUCACCCUCCUUGAACCACAUCAAGCUUGA